AUGGUGUAUUUUUAUGAAUCAAAACCAACUGAGUAUUCAAUAUCCCACCAAAUCGUAACCGGUAAGGAUAAAUUUGAAAAUGACUUGCUCAUCAAAUGGAGCUACAAAGAGUUAAAUUACGUUUGGUUUCAUGCUGAUAAGUUCUCGAGCGGCCAUAUUUAUUUAAAGCUACAUUCAAAUGAAAAAACAAUCGAUGAUGUACCGCAAGAAGUGAUAAAUGACUGCUUACAACUGUGCAAAUCGGAAUCUAUUCAAGGAAAUAAAAUGCCGCAAUGUACUAUCUUAAUAACCCCCUGGCACAACUUGAGAAAAAACAAAUAUAUGGAGCCUGGUGAAGUAUCAUUUAAAUCUCUAAGACAGUGUAGGAAAAUGGAAUGCGGGGGGAGGGACAAUAAAAUACUGAACAGACUGGCCAAGACAAGAGUAGAGCUAUUUGAUAACGUGGAGGCUACACUUAAUGAGGCAAAGAAGACCAAAAAUGGUGAGUUUUUUGUAAACCAUAUUGAGUCUAAUAGACUUAAUCUUAUUGAUGAAGAAAACCAGAGAAAACUAGCGAAAAAGAACCAGAAGAAGAAAAACAAACAACAAAAGGACGAGUUUAUCGAUGAUGCUCAGCUGGAAACUUAA